AUGUCGUCUUCUGAGGGGCCCCCGGAAUCAUGGAUCACCUCAUUUUGUUCGCUUAUGGGUCACGAGUAUUUUGCGGAAGUGUCGGAAGAUUUUAUUGAAGACGAUUUCAAUUUGACCGGGUUGCAAUCACAAGUGCCUAUGUAUAAAGAAGCUUUGGAAAUGAUUCUAGAUGUUGAGCCGGAGGAUGAUGAUGAGGAGGACGAGGAGGAAGACGAAGAUGACGAUGAGGAUGUGCCACUUGGGGAGGAGAAACCGCUAGGAUACAGGCGAGCUGGUGACCGAAAGCAUAUGCGAGUUGCAAGCGACCUCAGCGUGAUUGAGAGCUCGGCGGAGUUGCUGUAUGGACUGAUCCACCAACGUUAUAUCACAUCGCGGCCCGGGAUCCAGCAGAUGCUUGAAAAAUACGAGGUCGACCAUUUCGGUGUCUGUCCCCGGGUCAACUGCAAUGGCUGCAAAGUGCUUCCUGUCGGCCGCACGGAUACGCCUGGCCAGGAAACGGUCAAGCUCUUUUGCCCCAGCUGCUACGACAUCUACACGCCGCCAAACAGUCGAUUUCAAUCUGUUGACGGUGCCUUUUUCGGGACGACAUUUGGCUGUCUUUUCUUCAUGACGUUCCCAGAACUUGAUGUGGGCGGAGAUCGGGCAGAAAGCAUAUUAUCGCCAGCCUCGCUAAGUGCUUCACUGGCGGCCCAGUCACGGUCGCCGUCGCUAAACUCGUCAAUUGCACUGACGGCUGCAAGCACGGAGCAAGCGCCAAACCAGCCAGCUCAAAUCAACGGGAUGUUGACAUCCAACUUUGCGCUAGGAUUGGGAGCUGGCAAGAUCUACGAGCCUCGUAUUUACGGGUUUCGAGUUUCUGAGCGGGCCAAAUCCGGACCUCGGAUGCAGUGGCUUCGUAUGAAGCCGCGGGAUAUCAACGAACUGGACGAAUCAGCUAUAUACUAUGCCACGAACGGAGCCGAUGAGGAUGAAGAGUAUCACGAUGGCGAUACCGAAAUGGGAUCAGCCCCUGCUGGCUCACAGCAGUCCGUCAUCGACAUGAGGAGAAAGGCCCCUAUGCGGAAACGUAGGCACAUACCACCAAGCAAUCCAGAUCGCACGACGGCAAAUGGGGAGGGUGGUUAA